AUGACCAUGGCCCUCUACCAGGUAGUCAAGUCGCUCCCGAAGAUCCACCAGUUCAGGCAAGGUGAAACGAUGCCGGGACAUUUCCAAGAGAGGUCAAGCAGAGAACAGCCACAAAGAGCUACCAGCAGCGCAUUACAGAUGACUGGCAACAAUACGGAGUCGGGGCGUGCACAAGUUAGGUCGACCGACACUAUGGCGGCCGAGCUCAAGUUGCAGGAUACGCAUAUAAAUCCAGGUUCGAGUGUGUGCAGUGGUUCAGCUAUUGAAUCAAGCUCUCAGACUCCCGGCCAACCUUCCCAACCCGCGUCCCAGGCUGCGGAAGGUGGCAAUACGAUAUACAACAGUGCUACUUCAAAAAUUGCGAAGGAUACUGUGGUUGCUGCUGUGGGCGAACAAAUCCACGAUCGCGCCAAACGCGACACUUCGCCAGCAGGUAGCACCAGCGAAGGUGGACAUUCAAACACUUUGAGGAACGAAAGCGAUGUUGCUGACGCACACAAUGAUGCCGCCAACCAUGCUACCCGGUUGAAAACCUUGCUGGCUAGAUUGCCUAAGCUGGAAAUCGCGGACAAAGACACUGGGAGAGGCGCGGUUCAUUGCGAACAAGAGCAUGACCAUGCCAAUGUUGCUGCUACCCCGGAGGACAGCAUCUUUCCAAAAAUAGAGGCGCCACCAGGUAUCCCGGAAAAUGAAACUGAAGAAAUAAUCUCACGAUUCAAGGGCGACGGACCAAGUGCUUCCCGACUAAAAGUCUUAUUGUCCACACUAGACCCGGCUGAUCAAGACAGCGAUGACAGUGAUGGACCACCGCGCACGGGCGAGUCCACAGGACCAAUGACUUCUCCGUCCACAUCGCCGUCUUUAGAGCAUGACGCAGUAUAUUUCGGACUCGAGGACUUUCCCGAAGACCUCUUGGAUUCAAUUUCAGCUACUGCUGGGAUGAAGCUCAUUCGCGAGGGAUCUCAUUAG